AGUUACAUUAAGUAACAGGACCAGGUCGAAUUAUAUGUAAAGUACAAUUGUGCCGUCAUACAAUUUCGACCGCAAAGUCCUGGUGGACCUUCAUAAGAUGUUUACACAGUUGUAUCCCGCCUGUGUCACUCGGAGCCAACAAAAUAUCUUGAUUCAUACCAUUAUUCCAAGACGGUUCGCAUCUUCAAAAAGAUGGCAGGCUCGCCAGCUCAAGGAUCGAUUCACCAGGGACGCAUCGGCACAAGGGUUGAAAAGCCGAGCGGCAUUCAAGCUCCUUCAAAUUGACGAGAAAUUCCAUAUCUUCAAGAGAGGUCAAACCGUCGUCGAUCUGGGGUAUGCUCCUGGUUCUUGGUCUCAGGUUGCAGUAUCUCGAACCCAACCUGGCGGCCGAGUCCUUGGUGUAGAUAUCAUCCCAGCGCAACCCCCGAAAGGCGUGUCCGCAAUCCAAGGGGAUUUUCUUGACCCCAAAGUCCAGGAAUAUGUUAUGGGGUUUGUGCGCGAUUCACACAAAGGGCAAACCCAAUCAACGGUCUCAUCGAAUGGCACGAUUAGCUCUAAGCACAACGCCGUUCAACCUGGUCUAGAAUUGGACAGUCUCGACAGCGAUUCAGCUAUAACCCAGACGCAUCCCGAAACUCAGGACAAGCCAAAGUCCCAAUUUACUGUUGAUGUGGUAUUGAGUGACAUGAUGAUGAACACAAGCGGCGUGAAAUUCAAGGAUCAUGCGGGGAGUAUGGACCUUUGCCGAGCUGCGCUAGAAUUCAGCUUUGUGGUCCUGAAGGCUGGCGGCCAUUUUAUUUGUAAAUUCUACCAAGGUGCCGAAGACAGGGCCUUGGAGAAACAGUUGAAGUACCUGUUCGAGAAGGUACAUCGACUGAAACCAGAGUCUUCGCGUAGUGAAUCGAAAGAGGCAUUUUUCAUUGGCCUCAAACGCAAGCAAUGUGCAACAAAAGAUCAAGUGCUCACACCACCAUGAAAACAGGGGAGGAACGUGGAAUGGAAAUCACAGGCACUGGAAGGAGAAGAGAGAACAAGUAAAGCAUAAUAUUAUUUGAGGUAGCACGUGGGUGCGUCCUUCUCAUCGUCAUCAAACACAGCUACAUCUGAGCUAUGCCUGA